AUGGGAAAGAGGAAAGUCGGCGCGCUCGAGAAACUCGAUGCCGAUCUCGCAAGUCUGCAGUUCAAAGUGCGGUCGGAUCCUCAAAGCUAUGCAGACGAGUUCCAAAGACAAUACUCGGCCUACCUCUCCACCAAGGAGGUGUUCCUCGACAACCCGGCAAACAUGACCAGGGAUGUCUCGCAGGACUUCCAUGACAAGAUCGACUUCAUCGCUCACGUCGCCGACUGCUUCAAAGAGGAGACCGAGACCUUUCCAGACGACCUCAAGGAGGUGCUGACGCAGCACCAUGCCAUCCUUCCCCCAGACGUGCGCGAGAAGCUGGUAGGGAGCCUGGUGCUCCUGCGAAGGAAAGAAAUCAUCUCUUCCGAGUACCUCCUAACCACCUUGUUUCCGAUCCUUGUCUCGACGCCCAGCAAAAGCCUCAGGGCUGUGCUGUACCAGAAGAUUGUCAGUGACCUGCGAAACUCGAAUUCGAAACAUACGAACCAUCCUCUUAAUCGAACGGUACAAAACGUGCUCUCCAUCCUCAUCGCCUCCGAUAAGACUUCGCCCAAGGGAGUGUGGGCUGUGCGGUUGACACGCGAGAUGUGGCGGCGGCAAAUAUGGACCGACGCGAAGCCCGUGCAGGUGAUGAAAGAGGCAUGUCUGGCCGACAGCGAGAAGGUUGUAGUUGGAGGAGUUCGGUUCUUCCUGGGCGGUGACAAGGAGCGAGAGGAAAUGGAGGAUGACAGCAGUGAUGAUGAGGCUAUCGAUCUUAAGAAGAUUCAGCACCAGCACGGCAUCAACAAGAAGUCCAAGAAGCAAGCAAGGCAGUAUAAAUCCGCCGUCGAAAAGGUCAAGAAGCAUGAGCGCAAGAAGAAUCAGCCACAUCCGUUGAACUUCUCUGCUCUGCACCUGCUUCAUGAUCCCCAGGGCUUUGCCGAGCAAUUAUUUCAGAAGCACCUGCUGAACACCAAGACGAAGCUGGCUUUGGAGAGUAAAUUGCUUGUAUUGCAACUGGUCACUCGACUGGUUGGAUUGCACAAACUCACGGUCAUCAACCUUUAUUCCUGGUUUAUCAAGUUUCUCACGCCGAAACAGCCGUCCGUCACCACCUUCCUGGCAUGCCUGGCCCAAGCAACGCACGAUCUGGUCCCACCAGACGCCCUGGAGCCUCUGAUCCUGAAGAUCGCGAACGAGUUCGUCUCGGAAGCGGCGGCAUCAGAAGUAGCAGCCGCCGGUCUGAAUUCGAUCCGCGAAGUCUGUGUCCGUCAGCCUCUGGCUAUGACGGAGACGCUACUGCAAGAUCUGGUGCAGUACCGUAAGAGCAAGGACAAGGGAACGAUGAUGGCCGCGAAGGGCUUGCUGUCCUUGUACCGCGAGGUUGGUGCAGAGAUGCUCCGAAAGAGGGAUCGUGGUAAGAACGCCACCAUGAACCUACGAAGCGGAGAACUGCAACAACGAAAGUUCGGAGAACAGGAUGCCGGUGGUAUUGAGGGCCUUGAGCUGCUUGAGAAGUGGAAAGAGGAAGAGAGGAAGCGCAAACGUGUGGCCAAAGGUCUGCCGGAAGAUGUUGGCAGUGACGAGGACCCGGAAGCCGACGUCUCUGACGACAGCGACUGGGAGGUUGAUUCCGAAGCUAGUAGCGAUUCUGGAGGCUGGAUCGCCGUGUCAAGCGAGGACGAGGACGAGGAGCCAGCGGCCAAGCGCCAGAGGAAGGGAUCAUCAGAAGCACCAGAGCUUGUAGACGGAGACAAGCCCAGCGCGGCAGCAGAAGUCGAACGGAUGUCCAAGCUCGCCACAACCACCAUCCUCUCGCCCGCAGAUCUGGCCAAGCUGCAAGAGCUGCGCCUGCAAGCCAACCUUGACAAGGCCAUGGGCAACCGCUCCAAGCACGCGCGGGAGCUCGCAGCCCGGCACGCCGACGACCCCUUGACGGCCGAACAGAUCGAGCUGCCAGCGAAGCUGCGCAAGACGACCAAGGAGGAGAGAGUCGCACUGGCCAAGGAGGGCAAGCCCAAUCGGGAGGAGCACAAAUCCACACAGGCCAUCCGGAAGUCCAAGAAGGAGGCCGAGGGCAAGUCCACGUCAAACAAGGAGAAGGCCAGGAAGAAGAACUUCUUGAUGACCAUCGGGAAGGCCAAGCAGAAGCAGAAGAGGAGUCUUGUGCAGACCAGGAAGGUGUUGCAGGAACAUGUCAAUAGGAGAACAUAA